AUGGAGGCGGACGAAAGUGAAGCGAUGAUUGCCGCCGCAGCUGCUGCAGUGGCCCAUGUGCAGAAUCUGACUCAAGAAAUGGAUUGCGGGGACGAGGAGUUUGGGUUUGAUGGGUUCGCUCAAGAAGCAGAUGGAGAGGCCAGCUGGCUCGGCGACGAUGAGGAGGAGGAGGAGAAAGAACGGCAGACACGUCGGUCUUACGCGCGCCCAGACUACGACGCCUCGGCCUGGGCCGUGCGCGACGUCGCGGGCCGGCGUUGCCCCCCUCUCGAACUGAAGUGCUACCCGGGCGCCGAGAACGACAAGACAAUCAUCUCUCGCGACAAGUCCGUCUGGCGCAUCAGGGACGAGGAACCCUGGAAGAGCAUGAAGUACAAGCUCAGGAACGCCGACGGCACAGAGACGGAGUACACAGGAGCGUGGCUCAUUGUAGACGGGGGGUACCCGAAGAUCCCCCUGCUCAUGCCGCCAAUCAAGACGCACAACUCUAUCGAGAGGCACUCAUGCAGCAGGCGCAUGGAGAGCGUUCGCAAGGACAUCGAGUGCUGCUUCGGCAGAGUGAAAGGGCGCUGGCGUCUUUUCAGGGGCAACAUCCCUUUCGGCUCUCGAGAGAAGAUCGACAACGCCUGGUUAACGGCGUGCAUUCUGCACAACAUGCUCCACAAGUUCAACGGGCUGGACGAGAUGGAGGAGGAUGCUGACUGGGUAGGGUCGGCUGGGGAAUUGGGCGACAUGCCCCAGCAGCCUGUCGGCAUGGGCGACGAGAAGGAGGAGGAGGAGGAAACCGAAACCGCAGCCCCGGGCUUCGACGGAUUCCGCGCGAAACUUGUGGCCCACUUCGCCUACAUGUGGCGGAUCAAGCAGGUGUUUUGGUUUAAGAGGGCGCAAGUGUAGUCUCGUGGAUGGGGUUGCUGAUUGUGGUGUGCACCAUGUCCA